UCAUGCUCAGCAAGUAUGAGUUAUACUUUUGAAAGAGAAACUCAGACUUCCAAAAUAUUAAGUAGUUUUUUCUUAAUGAAAUUUGUAACAUUGCCUCUUGCAGUAGAAUGUAUCUUAAUUUUUUCUUUCUCUCUUUUUAGGCCGGAUGAGUAUGGAGAUGCAAUUCUUGCAACUGGAGUAAGAAGCAGCUCUGUCACAUCAACGCAAGCAAUUGCAAGACGAAAAGCCCUGUCAGUGAGAGCUCUUAUGUCUCAUACAUCCAUACGUGCCAGACCCCCAAAACCACGACCUGUGGAAGACCACCAGUCUGUUGUGCCUGCUGACUUGUUAGAUUCAAUUAUAGAAAACCAAACACGAUUGAUUAAAUCUGAGAGAAACAAUAUUACUAUCAAAUCACCCUUUGAUAAAGGCAUAAAAAGUUUAGGGAAUAACCGUUUACAUUUAAGUGCUAGAGUAGAGGGACGAUCUCAUGCUGCUGGACCUGAUUCCCCUGGAAGACAGCAAACAGGAGGAGAUGGACAAUCUGGCUUGUCAAGUACACAGCAGGAACAGCAGCAGCAGCAGCAGCAGCAGCAGGAGUCAGGUAGCCAUUCUUCUGCAGCUGGAGGGGAAGGAGGAGGAGGGGCUAACAAUAAUGGAGGAGAUAGAACAAAGGAUAGUGAUCCUACUGGAUCCAAGGCCUAUACAGUAUAUCGCAAGAACAAUGAUAAAGGUCGAGAUGAAAGUUAUGAAAGUGAAAUUGCUGGUAGUUGCAAUGGCAGUGAGAAAGAUAAGAAGACUGCAGAAAAGAAAAAGAAGAAUGACGAUGAUGAUGAAGUAGAUCUUUAUAGUGAUAUUGAGCCUCCUGCUCAUGGAGGGGAUGAUGACGAUGACGAUGAUGAAGACGAUGAAGAGGAUGAGGACACAGAAGGGGCCAAUAAUGAAAAUACUGUCAGCAAUGUACCUCUGCCUUUUACAUCAGAAGCAGAUAAGAGAGAAAAUGAAAGUGAUCCAGAGUCUAGUGGUGAUGAACUUGUUAUUGAUGACAGUGAUAGACCUCAAGUUAAGGAAGCUGUAGAGUGUGCACUGCAAAGAAAAGCGCAAGUAGUGGAAGAGCCAGAAGAUAAUAAUGUUGUUGGUAGUAGUAACUUGCCAGGUUUAAAUGACUUUGAGCUUGAAGCUGUCUCAGAUACUGAUACUCCAGAGUUGGAAAAAUCUGCUAAUAGCUCUAUUUCUCUAUCUGAUGUUGGAGAUCAUGAAGUUACAAGUAGCACAAAUGAAAACCCUAAUCCUUCAAAGUCAGAAAAUGCCCCUGAAAACUAUUGUGAAAGUGAUGAGGAAAAGAACAGAGAAAGACCUAAUCAGCCAAUAGUAGGAUUAGAAGGCCUUGAAACUGAAACUAUAUCAGACAAUGAAGAGAUAAGUUUUGAUGACAAUGAUGAUAAUAUUGAAGAAGGGGAGAUUCCCAACGAGAUGCCUCGACAUGCAACACCCCCAUCCAAUAGACCUAGAGUCAACUUAGAAAUUCGCCGUGUAAUUGAGGUAGCACAGUCUCCAAGAGACCAAGAAGGGGAGUAUGAAGAUGGGGAAAUAGUAGAUGAGAAUGCAAAACGAAAAGAUAAGAAAAAAGAGAAAAGUGUUAAGAAAUUGCUGGGUGAAGAGCUAGAAGGGGAAAUCGAAGAAGAAGAGGAGGAGGAAGAUGAAGAGCCUAAUGCAGAGGGAAAAGAAAUUGAGGAAUCUGAAAAAGACAAAGAGAAUCAAAUGCCAGAAAUUGAGAUGUCUCCUGAAAAGGAGCAGGAAGCAGCGGCAGUGAUGACAAGCAAUGCAGUAAUGCCCUUAGAGACACCCAAAAGUCCUCCAGCCAAAAAAGUGAAGUCAAAACAGAAGGAAAAGGAAAAAGAAAAGGAGAAAGACAAGGACGUUUCAUUCAAGAAAGUAUCUAAAAGUACUAAAGAGAGAAAUUAUAGAGAAAAUGAAAAAGAUGAUAAAGAGAAGGAUAAAAGAGUGGGCAAAAAUGUAAGAGAUCGAAGUAGAAACAGACAGGAUGUUAGUAGGGAGAGAAGGGAUAGAGAUAGGAGUGAUAAGAAUAGGGAUUCUGCUAGAAGAAGAGAUAGAGAUAGAGAUAAAAGAAGGGAACCAAAGAGAAAAGAAAUGGAGAGGUAUAAUGUUAGGAAAAUGAUCACACAGAAAGAGGAAGAAAGAAAAAAGAAAGACGAGUUUGGCAGAGAUGUUGCUUUGCGAUCUAGGUCAAGGUCUCGAUCCAGGAGAAGAUCAAGGUCAAGAUCACGUAGAAGAAGCAGGUCUCGGUCCAGGAGGCGUUCCAUUUCAAGAUCACGCAAAGGAAGGAGGAGUUACUCACGUUCCGUAUCACGUUCACGUAAUAAAAAAAGAGCGACUAGGAGGAGAAGUUAUUCUUCUUCAUCAUCUUCCUCAUACACAUCCUCUAGCUCUAGUUCUAGUUCAAGUUCAUCAUCAAGAUCUAGGUCUCGUGGUCCAAGUAGAAGUAAUAGAAGGCGAAGAACUCGCAGCCGAUCAAGAACUCCAGUAAAAAAGAAGGUUGAAAAGAAAAAAGCUUCAGCUCCUCCUGCCCCUAUUGUUUCAAAAGAAAAGACCAAAGAAAAGCCUAAGAAAGCAAAUCCUGUUAUUGAGAAGAUGAAGAAAAAAGAAGAAAAGAGAAAGGGAAGAGAAGUUGACAAAAGAGAGGAAGCAAGAUUAGAGAGAGAAAGACGAAGAAAAAGAAGAGAAAAAUCCCCUCUGCAGAGCAAGGAAGUCUACCAAGCAGGUGGAAGCAUAAUGGUGAGUGUUAGUUUUGCCAAGAGAGCACCUGGUAAAGAGAACAAAGAUACCAAAAGGAGAAAAGAAAGAGAUGUAAAAAUGGAGAACUUCAAGAAAGUAAGGAAGCCUGCCGAUAAGCCCCACGGAAGUCCCAUAAGAUCAUGGUCUAGAAGUCGCACUCCAAGUGGUAAGCGAACGCCAUUGCAGGAUGAACCCAUGUGGUCUCCUGAUCAUUUAACAGAGGCACGUAUUGCAGAGAAACCUUUGAAAAGUCCAGAAGUGAUUGAUUUAGAUGUUAUUAUGGUAACUCCUCCACCUCAGGAACCCAUCCUCAUUUCUGAUUCUGAGGAUGAAGGCAUUACUCGAUUGCCUCCUGACUUAGGCACAACUCCUGUACCACCAGUUAGACCUCAGGGACCGAAAACUCCUCCAGAACCAGCUGUGAAGUUUACCCUCUCCAGCAAACAGGUUCUGAAACCCAUAACAAAUCCAUUACGUGAUGACGAAGAGGAGGAAGAGGAAGAACCUCCUGCACCAGCCAGAGGACCCAAUACUCCCCCGGGCCCCCCACCAGAGUCAGAUGAAUCAGUUGGACGCACCAAAUCACCUUCUAGUAGAGUUCCUAGAUCUCCAGCUGGGUCCCCUCCUGGUUCCUCACCAGAACCAGAUGUUUAUGAUCCAUUUGAACCCACAAAGUCUCCUUCACCCCCGGGGUCUCCUCAGCAGGAACCGAGAGUUAGCAGCAGCGAUCAGACAGAGACUGUUGAAAAAGGUUCCCCAGAGGCCCCUGCACCAAAAGCUGCAUCACCUCCACCUCUGCCUGCUGAGCCACCUGAACCAGAGGAGAGGCCACCUGAGCCUCAGAAGCCACCUGAAGAAGAAGCAACAAGCACUGUUCCCCCAGCAGCACCUCCGGCUGUUUCUGUAGCUGUCACAACUACUUCCAGUACCAAAACAUCAAAACCAUCUUCUGUACCAUCUAAGGCAGCACCUGCCAAUACUGCAGCACCUGUUGUUACUACCCCAGUUAAUCCCAUCACACAAAUUUUCCCAGGUUUACCUGCCAAUGUGGCUAAUAUAUUGUAUCCUGCUGCUUUAGCAGCAGCUGUUCGAAAUGCAACCACUACCAUUGUGCGCCCACAGGUUGUACAAACAGUAGUAGCCCCAGAUUUUUCAAGACCACCUCCAGCAGCUACCAUUUUGAACCGCCCACCUCCAAUGACUAUAAUAGCUCCUACGCGAGUUGGAGAAAAGACUAGAGCAUCACAGAAUGGAAGAGAUGUCACACACACAGAUGUUGUUGAUAUGGAUCUUGAUUCACCUAACUCUCCUGACAGUUCCGAUGUUUCUGAUAUAUUUGAGCCUCCAUCUCCUCAUUCAACACACCAGUCAGAAAAGCCAUCCCCCAAGAAGACCAGAAACCAAACAAAGACCACACCUGUAAAGGCUGCUAAAGGAGGGAGCGUUGACAAAUUUGACAGUUUGUUUGGAAGUGGAGCACGUCCAAGUCGGAAGCAUAGCACUCCUCAUAAGCAUAAGCAUGGCAAGAAGGCCAAGUCAGGAGGUAAGAAGGAUGGUAAUGAAGAAGAUAUUCCAAAUUCUGCUGUUGAUCUGCAAGUUAAAGAAAAGGUGAGAAGUAAUAUAUUUUGUUCAUUUAGCCUGUACUGCAGUAGAUUGCAUCUCUCUCUCUCUCAUUGUCUCAUGUCUGUCACAUAUUUAGCUGCUUUGUAUUAA